CGCGUCUAUCAUCGACUUUAAUCAAUGGGGGGAUUCUGCCAUGAGCUGCAGGGAAUCAACAGGGAAACGGACGAGAGAAUAUCAAAUCAUAAUUCUACCGAACAGAAUCACAGAACGCAAUCCAAUCGAGUGGAAGGCUGCAUACUUCGACACUCGUCUGCUAAUAACUGGGGUGCUGGCUCUCAGUUCAAUAAUGAAGGCGGUAGCCAGAAUGUCGUUACCGGAGGCGUAUCAAUCGCGGGGUCUAUUUUCAAUGGAAAUGUAAAUAUCAGUAUAGAGAAGGAUGAAUGCCGAGCCGAAAUCCUUCAAAAGCUCUGUGCUUGGCUUCAGAGUAAUCACAUAGCCGACGAGUGCUACGACAAUUCUAUUCACAGAAAAAUAAACGACACUUGUGAUUGGAUUCUCGAUAAACCGGAAUUUACCACUUGGCGAACAGAAUCCUCCCCAUCCCCAAAAUGGUUGUGGAUACACGGACUCUCAGCCUUUGGGCAAACAGUUCUUUGCGCUCGAAUCAUUGAAUUCAUAAAGAAUGUGAAAGAGGAGGCCAUUGCAUACUACUUCUUCUCACCUGACUUGGAAAACCACAGAGACCCUAUGAUAGCUAUGCGGUCGUGGUUAUACCAUAUGGCUUUGAUGAAUGCGUCGGUACUCGAUGUCGUCAACAAAAAACGGAAGCAAGAUGCGAGAGCUUCACAAGCUAUCAUUACGGGAUUGUUCCGAGAAGCGAUCAAGAUGGUACCAACCUGCACACUCGUCGUCAAUGGUCUUGAUGAAUGCGAACCAGGCAGGUUUUGUCUAUCCGUGACCGACUUUGUUAAAGAAAUUGACGAAGCAGUGCUUGGCACAAAUGCUAGGAUCCUCGUGAUGAGUCGAUCUGAAUCCUCUAUCCACCAGGCUUUAAUGAAAGCGAAAGGCGCAGAGUUUUUACAAUACAAAGUGUGUGAAAAAGACAUUGGCGCAGAUAUAGAUGGGUUACCUAGAAUGAUGGAGAUGGAGACGUUCCUCGAUGAAAAGAAACCCCCGCGGGCCAUGCGGAGGAAAUGGUUUGAUUCGACGAAUGACGAUUGGGCUCAUUCCAAGGGCAAACCGCCAAUUCACUUUCUUUAUGCAAUAGAACUUGGGUUUGUCAAUUUGGCUACGGCAAUAUUCAAGAAGGGCAAGGUAUGUGUAAAUUGCAGCUCGAGUAUUUGUUCAACUCUGAGAGUCGCAUGCUCCAAGGGGUGCGGGAAUCUUGCUCGCGAACUUAUUGCAAUCGGCGCCAAGGUUGGAAUCAAAGAGGCCCAGGGUCGGACCGCAAUAAGGUAUGCGGCUCUAGAUGGCUAUACGGAGCUUGUCGAACCUUUAAUCGACCAUGGUGCUGAUAUCACAAUCUGAGAUGACGAUGGCGUCUCUCCCUCUCUUGUUGCCAGUAUCAAUUGCUAUUUAACUACGGUAAAGAGACUGAUCCAAAAGGUGCCAGCAUUCAUCAGCUAGACGAGAAAUGGCGAUGGUUCACUCUUUAAAGCAGGUUUUGAUGGCCAUAAUUUUGAUAUACUUGAACUGCCUCUUAAACAUUAGAUACUAGGUAAACACUGUUCUUUGC